GCGGGUCGGUUUGUGUGCGGGUCGUUUUUGUUUUUUUUGUGGAGUCCGCGGGUGAUGGCGCAGUAGAUUUUCAGGAUAGUCUGGCAACCCUGAGUGCACUCAUUCAAACAAUGCAAAACGGAACAGUGAAAACAUACGACUAAUAGCAGUGGAGCAGAAAAUGUGAUGUAAUUCAUGUACUAUCUAUAAUAAUUGUGUAUGUAUAUAUAUCAACCACAACAAUAUUUCCAUUAUUUGGGGAAAGUUAAAUAUUAGAUAUUUUGGUCCGUCCCCUAAGUAUGGUGAAGGCACGUCUUCCUGAUCCAUCGUUUCCUCAUUUUCUGUCCGCUCCUCCCCCCUCAACUUUGGUCAAUCGUCAGUACAAUUCACUAUUUCCAGUAAAUUGACUCAAGAACAAAACCAAAGCCUCAGAAACUCGACAACAGGUGUUCUAGUUUGGACUUCUUUACGGUGGAUUGAAUAACAACAAAAAUGUAUUUUAGUUAGAUUGUUUUCUUUGCGCAUUCACAAGGAAAUUAGUUACCCAACCGCCUUAUUGAAAAUGUCAGCUUCGUCCAAGUCUACCUUAGACAUGCGGAGUAUUCCAUUGAUAGCGCUAAAUUUCAACGUAAGAAAAAGAUUAGGACUUUUCCUAAAUCCGCGAAACACUGUUGCCUCGGACUGGAUGUCUGUCGCCGAGAACAUGGGCUUUUCUUAUUUAGAGAUCAAGAAUUAUGAGGAUUGUCAGAACCCAACGCGGAAGAUUCUAGAAGACUGGCAAUCACGUUCUUCAGAAGCGACUGUUGGAAAAUUGCUUUCAAUUCUGGACGACGUCCAAAGAAAAGAUGUUGUGGAGGACCUUCGAAAUUUAAUUGAGGAGGACUGUAGGCUUUACUUGGAGAGGCAGAAAGAGCCUCCUAUCCAGGUUCCGGAGGUGACCAGCUGUAUUCCCAGAACCUCUGAGAGGCACGCUAUCACACUGGAGGAUGACCCAGAAGGGGGCAAACCAGAGCUGUUUGAUGCGUUCAUCUGCUACUGUCAGAGUGACUUUGACUUUGUCCGGGAAAUGAUCCAGCAGCUGGAGCAGAAGGACUGCAGGCUGAAGCUGUGCAUUUUCGAGCGUAACGUCUUGCCUGGCUCCUGUGUGUGGACCAUCACCAGCGAGCUCAUCGAGAUGAGGUGUAAGCGAAUGGUGGUGGUGAUCUCUGAUGAGUACCUGGACAGUGAUGCUUGUGACUUCCAGACCAAAUUUGCACUCAGUCUCAGUCCUGGGGCUCGGAGCAAGCGGCUGAUCCCUGUGAUAUAUAAGUCUAUGAAGAAGCCUUUUCCCAGCAUCCUGCGGUUCUUGACGGUGUGUGACUAUACACGGCCCUGCACACAGUCCUGGUUCUGGGCUCGGCUGGCUAAGGCCCUCUCCCUGCCCUGAUUGGACCCCACAGUCACAUGAACACCAGCCAAUCACCAGAGGGGGCCUACCCUUCUACUGGAUGAAUAGAAAGAAAGGAGCUUAAGUUGGGUGUACAUACAAGGGUUUUAUAACACGCGUAGACAUUUUUCUUUUGCAUUGUAGUCAACUGUGAGUUUUCUCUUUAACAACACAGAAAAUAUUAAAUCAUUUGGGUAUCAACUACAAACACAAAGACUGAUAGUAAGUUCUGCUUCAUGUUCAUUAUCUGAGUUUCAUAAGUGAAAUUGUAGACCUACACAGGAUUUCCAACUUAUCGACUUUGUCAGAUAGUCCACGGGAGUUUGGUUUUCGGGUUUUUUUCCGUUCUGUAUUUUACCUGCCUCUUUGAACACAUAAGAUGUCUCCAGGAGAAGCAGAGCACUGGAACUUCAAAAUGAAGACAGUUCAUCCGGUACCCCCCCACCUUUUUCCUUAUGAUGGGGGCUCUAUGGUACUAUGAGUCAUGACUGAUACAUUGAUUUUGUACUGUUAUAUUUUUCUUCUGACCCUAUCCCACAUAUGGACCAAGUAUCGACCUGAUCGAAUGACUGUUUACAUUCAUAUUAGCAUUUCUUUUCUGUCAGGAAUGUUGCAUAGGUCCGACAUGCAUCGACACAUCAGUCAUUUCGCUGUUUGUUUUGUAGUUGAUUUUGAGACAUCAUGUCCCCUUAGUGGAAGAGUUCCGCCUCCUGCUUCGGCUUGAUCAUGAUAGCAAUUAUUUGUAGUUUUAUAAAUGGUUUUCUGCACAAAACAUGUAAAUAUGACUAGCUAUCUGAAGUCAGCUGUUAUGUUUCCACAUCAACCACUUCGGUCAUGUGUAUAUUGUCCUCUCAGAUGAAAUUUGUCAAUGAUCUAAUCGUUGUCAUUGUUGUAACGGCAACAUUUCAAACGUCAUAAUACUGCUAGAUAGAAGUGACUUUAUCGUAGAUGUAACUGGACAUUUCAAAUGUUGAAACACUGCAUUACUCCCGCAUACUGCAUAUUUUUGUAUCUGUUCGUACUUAAUUUGUUCUUAAAACGCCAUUAUUAUACUGCUGAGUAGGCUUAUAGCUAGUUGCUACCUAAAUGGCAUUACAAGUACUAUACUGUCAGUCACACUUGUGUACAGUAAAGUACCACACGGUGGUAGCAGAUCCCUCUUU